GCAACGGUGCGGUGGCCUGGAACCCCGGAAUAGCGGCGGGCGGGGCCUAAAGUUCCGAAGUCCCUGGGGCGCGGCUUCCUUGGGGAUUUAAUUCAGGCCAAUAAUGUUUUCUUGAGCGCCUAUUGUGAAUCGGGCACUGAGCGCUAAGCCUGGGAGAAACAGGUGAAUGUAACUGGGGAAAAGUCAUUCCCAGUGUGUAGCGUCUAGGGCAGCCUUUGCCCUGGUUCCUGCAGGUGGGUUGUCUGUUCCUAGUCUGUGCAUUUCUGAAGACCCCAGGGUGAAGGGCUGCAAGGAUUAAGCUCUCCCAGAAUAUCUCCAGAAUGCAGAUCCCUUGGCUGUCAGGUCGCUUUCUCCCUUCCUCUCAGCUGUUCUCCCGACCAUAUAAGGAGAGGCAGCAGCUGGGGGCGUCCUUAGGAUCUAAAGAUAGCGUCCCUUGCCCAGAACUCUAAAUGCCACCCUGGAGCGGGAGCCGCAAUGGCACGGCAGCAUGCCAGGACCCUGUGGUACGACAGGCCCAAGUAUGUGUUCAUGGAGUUUUGUGUUGAGGACAGUACCGAUGUCCACGUGCUUAUUGAGGAUCACCGCAUUGUGUUCAGCUGCAAGAAUGCCGAUGGAGUGGAAUUGUACAAUGAAAUUGAGUUCUAUGCCAAAGUGAACUCCAAGGACUCCCAGGAUAAGCGCUCUUCCCGCUCUAUUACCUGCUUUGUGAGGAAAUGGAAGGAAAAGGUGGCCUGGCCCCGGCUUACCAAGGAGGAUAUCAAGCCAGUGUGGCUGUCUGUGGACUUUGAUAACUGGAGAGACUGGGAAGGGGAUGAAGAGGUGGAGCUGGCUCAUGUGGAACAUUAUGCAGAGCUUUUGAAGAAGGUCAGCACCAAGAGACCUCCACCUGCCAUGGAUGACCUGGAUGAUGAUGCUGACAGUGCGGCUGCAACAAGUAAUUAACUUUCUGUGAUGGCAAAGCUGGAAGGUGGCUGUGGCUAUCUUCCAGUUGUUCUGGAAAGCUAGUGCUUAGGCCUUUGUGAGCGCUUUGGCUGUGCACCAAGUUCCUCCGGGACCUCUGAACUUUCCUAGAAGCUCUUCAUUAAGGUUCUUCCUUCAUGCUUGUCUUCCUCCUAGGCGCUCGACUGUAGCUCCAAAUCAGAUAGGGUCAGGGAGGAGUAGACUCACAGGGCUUCUGAUUUCUUACUGAUUGGUUUCUAACCUCUCUAUUUAGGCCACUUGAUUAUUUGAGUACGUGUGUGUGUGGUGAAACAAAAGCCAAAGAAGAAGCAUGCAGAUUACAGAAAUCUCUAGUUUGUGUGCAUAUAGGGCAAAGCAAACAGCCAAAGAAGAAACACAGAUCAUAUAAUAAAUCUCUAGGAACUGUUC